AUGUUUUAAAAUUAGUUUUAGAAUACACCGUUGUUUGAGAUAUUUGAUUCCAAAGGUAUUUUUCUUAACCAUUUAGAUAUACUCAACAAAGCCAACAAAGAAAAAGAGAAGCAUUACUAACAGCUAUUAAAAAUUACUACCAAUAGUUUUGUUAAAGAUUUCGAUAAAUAAUUAAAGAGUAUUAACGAUUCCUAAUAACCAUAGACUAUAUUAUUGAAUUGCAAGGACAGAACACAAAAGCCCAUUUUCCAAAAGAAGGAGAUCUAGGCUUGGUCCAAUAGAUUUUAUGUCUCUAAAUCUAUGUUCCAUAGACAUAAUAAUGGACCAUCGAGUUCUCAAUUACUGAUACCACGAAAACUAAGCGUCAUGUUUAUUUGACAUAGAACUGUAAAUAAAUUGAGAAAAAGCCAUUCCACAUAAGAUAUCCAAUAGAAGUACCAAAAAACAUUUGGCUGAACCUUUAAAUUGAUCUCUUUUCUUUUAUUUAAGGUUGGAAAGGAAUGACAUUUAGAUCACUUGAUCUAUUUGUUAUUUAAUCCCCAUGCAAAUUAAGAAAGAUUUUUACAAUGAAAUAGGCAGAUCCUGAUGGGUAUGUUGCUUCUUCUUAUUUUAGCUCCAUAAUGGGGAAGCAUGACUUUCCUAUUGGAUUUGAACAUUAAAACCUAAUUAUCUAAUACCAAGACAAUAAUUUGGAGGCUUCUCAAGACAGUUGUCAAAUGAAGUACCUUUUGCUAUUUAUUAUUUAAGGAUAACAUCUAAAAAAACUACUGGUUUUUCAUAACAAUCACAAAGUUAGUAAAGUUAAAAAUAAUAAAAAUUGACUUAGGAGAAAAUAACUAGAGCAAAUAUUGUUUAUGAUGAUCAUCCCACGCCAAAAAAAAAGACUACGCAACCAUAAUAACUAUCACAAUAAUAAUAAUAACUGAUCAUUACUUCUAGUUCUAAAUCCAAUCAAUAAGACAUUUCUUAAAAUGAAUUUGACAUGAGCACUAAACUGUCAGUUAGAAAUAAUAAAACCAAUUAGUAAACUGACAGUGUGAGAAGAAAUGACAAAUCUGUCUAAAAACAUAGGGAUUUAUCAAAUAACAAGAAAAAUUAGAGUAAUUAAAGAAUUGCUCAUUCAUUUCCUCGUAAACCACCCUUGUAGGAACAAAUGAAUUAAGAUUACUAUUUAAAAACCCAAAAGUUUACUACUUUUAAUGAAUAGAAAUAAAAAGAUGAUGAAAUUGAAGAAAAUAUUGAAAUCGCAGUUGAAUAAAAGGCAGAAGAGAUAAUUGAGGAAAGUCAAAAGAAAAUAAUAACUGCCAAUAAUUUUAACAAAAGAAGCCUAAGUGAACUUAAAGGCGAAUCAAACAAUUAGAGAGUAAUUAAUUUUUAUUAAAAGUAGAAUGAUUAGUAAUUUGAAGAUAGCUUGGAAUAACCAUUUAAGAAUAGUGUAACUACAUUUGCAUAAGAAGGUUAUUAUGCAAAUCAACUCAAAAAAUAUACAGAUUUGAAUCGUCCAUUUACUCCAGAAUAUAACUCUGAUUUCAAAUUUGGACAAUCCCAUUAUUAAUAAUUCUGA